CAAUUGUCCCCUCAACCCUUUCGUAUCGUCUUCGGUGCAAGUUUUCUGGAUGCUGUGAACACGUUUCGACUCGCUUCCUUGUUUCCACAUCGCCCGAAUCUCCGUGUCCACGUCUCGACUUGGUUGAAACUUGACCGCUACCCUUCCCCGGACACGCCAGGCCCCCGUCAUGGCCGCCGCAUACUCUGCCUCUGCUCCGGGAACGGCCCCUCCAGCCAUGUCGAGCUCGAGUGCCCCGCCAGGCACCUUCGCCCCGGGUACCAAGGUCCAAGUCGGCUCCCACCGCGUCGUUAUCGAGAAGUACUUCUCCGAGGGAGGCUUCGCCCAUGUCUACACGGUCAAGGUACCGCCCAAGGAUGGCUCGGCCAAACCCACAAUCGCCGUGCUCAAAAGAGUCGCAGUGCCGGAUAAAGAUGCUCUGGCAAACAUGCGUACCGAGGUCGAGACUAUGAAGAAGCUACAAGGCCACAAGCACAUUGUCACAUACAUCGAUAGCCAUGCCAGUCAGCUGAAAGGCGGUGGCUACGAGGUCUUUUUGCUCAUGGAGUUUUGCUCGGGUGGUGGUCUGAUUGACUUUAUGAACACGCGCCUGCAGCACCGCUUGACGGAGCCUGAGAUCUUGCACAUCUUUGGCGACGUCAGCGAGGGUGUUGCGACCAUGCACUACCUAAAGCCCCCGCUCUUGCAUAGAGAUUUGAAAGUCGAGAAUGUCCUUAUCACCAAUUCGACAAAGGGUGCUAUCUAUAAGCUUUGCGAUUUCGGAAGUACCGCUCCUCCACGACCGGCGGCUACCAAUGCUCAAGAGGGCAGGAUCAUUGAAGAAGAUAUCCAGCGCCACACAACUAUGCAAUACCGGAGUCCCGAAAUGGUCGAUGUUUGGCGUAGGCAGCCUAUCGACGAGAAGAGUGAUAUCUGGGCUUUGGGUGUCUUGUUGUACAAGCUGUGCUAUUACACUACUCCUUUCGAGGAGGUCGGCCAGAUGGCCAUCUUGAACGCCUCAUUCAAGUAUCCGCACUACCCUCCAUUUUCAUCACGUCUCAAGGCGUUGAUCGGCUCUUGUUUACGAGAAGAUCCUCGUCAGAGACCCAACAUAUAUCAAGUCGUGACUGAGGUUUGCAGCAUGCGCGGCACUCCGAUCCCCAUCAAAGACAUCUAUGCACAACGCACCCAAUCUGAAGCUGGACGCAACCAAAAACUUCCUGACAUAACAUCUCCAGUGGCCUCACCCCCUCCAGCUGGUAUCAGUCACGCAUCUCCAAUCAAACAGAAGCAAUAUAUCCCCGAGAUUGCUCCCAUGAGACGAGGCAGACCAACAGCUGCUCCUCAGCCCGUGGCUGCUAAGCAGAGUGCAGCAUCAGCUAAGAGCUCCGAUCCUUUUGCUGCUCUUGAUUCGGCAUCAAACACUAUUCGCUCACGUGCCGUGGACGAACUCUCAGCCAAAUUCCCCUCCUUGGACGAAUUCUCCAUUGCACACGAGUCUGGCGGUUUCAACUUCUCCUCGUCCAAGCCGCAGAGAAACGAUCCUGCAACGAGUGCACUGGCAGAUGAAGUAUUUGCACGCCCUGCAUCAGCGAGGGAUACGCCUCCCCCGAAGCCUGAAUCCGCCUCAACACAGAAGCCUGGCCAGUCGGCGAACCCUCAGGCGGCACCAAAGGCCGAAGCACCUCCCAAGCCGAAGACACUGAUGCACCAGCCAGCACCUCAGAGGCCGAACUAUUCUUCGGCUGGUACCAUGACCUCUCCCUCGCCAACUAUAUCUGCACAAUCGACCCAACCAGCCUUGCCCAAGAUGCCGGACGUUAGCAAGCGACCAAUCUGGCGUGUACCAGACCACUCGAGAUCUUCGAGCCAGCCACGUGCAUCUCCAUUGGCCCAAAAAGAAGCCGACAGACUCCAGCCUAGUGCACCGCCUGCGCAGAGACCUGUACUCCUAGAUUCUCACCGCUCGAAGUCGCAAACAGCCACCAUGACACUCGCAAAACAAACGACUUCCUCCAGACCAUCAUUGGAAGGGCACAGACCAUCAUUUGGAUAUGAAGACAAUAUCAGCAGAGCGAGAUCUGCCAAUUCAAGACCACGACCCGUUAGUGCUGCGUAUGUGGACUCAAAUCUGGAUUACUUGCGAGAACAGGAAGCCGAAAGGAAAAGACCAUCUCUUGAGAUUAGGAGAUCCAGCCGAUCGAUCAGAAGUACUGACAUCAAUUUUGAUGAUGCUGCGAAUAUUGAGAGCGAUGCAGACUAUCUUAGAAGUCUGGAAAGCAACGAAGGGUUGAGCCGUAGGAGUAGCGGCAAAGAUGCCUCUCACAAGAAGCGCUCAAGCAUGUCCUCACUAAGCUUUAGCGGAACCAAAACCAUGCUAUCUGGCAGAUUCAACGACGCGUUCAAGAGAUUUGAGCAACCGAGCGCAGAUUUGAAGGCCCAGAAGAGCGGUAGAGGAUCUGAAUCAGGAUUCAGGACCCCAAGUCCAAACCCGGCAAUGCAGCUUGAAGGCAACCUACUCAGCCCAAUUUCAGGAUCCGACACAAACGAAACGCCACGUCGUCCGGAAGCCGCUACCACCGACCUCGCUGACCUGAUAGAGACCGAAGACUUGCCACCGGAGAUGCGCAGAGAGAUGGAGAGAUUACAGCUGGCCCAGGAAGAGAAGCGCGUGGCAGCAGCAGCCGCCGAACAUCGCAGUCGCGGAGGUGCUCCUCCUGUGCCUUCUAAAGCCAAUAUGAUUCAGCAGCGUGUCCAGUCGUUGUUGGACGAUGGUCAGAAAUCUCCCGUGCGUAAGAGGCAGGCGGAGGGCUACGGACGUUUCACAGAGAGGCCAGAGGAAGAGCCUGCCCGACAGGCAACACCAAAUAUCCAACCCACAGCUAAGAGAGCACCUCCACCAGUUGCGAGAAAGCCAGCCACACCUGUACCUGCAUCUAUUCCCGCAUCUGGAGAAGUGGACAUGAAUCUAAGGUACCACAAGGUCAGGCAGUCACAAUCUUUUCCGACACCAGCAGGCACGUAUCCUCUGGAGCAUACGGUAUCAGCACCUGCACAACGAACAGGACCUGCACCAAGACCUAGCGCCCCCGUCAAGCCUGCAUCUCUAAAGACUGGUGGAUCAACCAUGUUGCAAGGACGCCCUCCAUCUUCUGGAAUGACGAGUCCCGUAUACAGUCAAGCCUCAGGAGCAGCUCGGGGACCCAGCCUCGCAGCUCUUAUCGCACGCGACAAUGAGGGCGUUGCAGGUGCUGGUGCUGGCGCUAGCACAGGCAUGGACCAAGGCAUGCGACAGGAGUCGGAUUUUGCCAAUCAAUCAGAUUUCGACGACUGGCAGGCGGAUUUCAGCAAGCGAUACCCGAGUUUGAGCGGCAUUGAGAUGGUCGAAAGGGAGAUAGCGGCGACUGGUGGAGGUAGAGAUGCAGGACGUCGUGGCAUGAGAGUUAGAGAUGUAUGAGUGUAGUGACUGUUGUAG